AUGAAUACAGUAGCGAAUUUAUCUCAGGUUGUCAAUGAUGCCAUUAGUUCACGUGAAAUUAUCGUUGAUGAUUCAUCAUUAUUUGAUGCCAAUAGUAAUACAUUGGUACCAAUAACAAAAGUAUCGACAAAUACAGUCAGAAAUUUUCGACGUUCUCUCUAUGGUCUUCCAUUCAAAACACGCUCUAAUUCAGUAUCAUCAUCUUCACUCUCACCAUCAUUAUUAUUUUAUCAACUCUAUGCCCUGAAUGUUUUACGCCAUCAAUCGAAUGGUACUACACGAUCAUCAACAAAUACUUGUCGAACAACAACAACAUCAAUUAAAACUAAUGUAUCAUCUUCAGUUCAGCCAACAUCUACAUCAAGAAAUUCAACAGAAAAUAAACAAAAACAAACAUGUCUUUUUCAAUAUCGUUAUCGAUAUAUAUGUAUCCUUACUCUUAUUUUAGUACUUUUCUUAAUAACUAUUUUAAUUUUAAUGCUUACUUCAAAUUUUGUUAUUCGUUUAUCAUCAUGUGAUUGUCCAAUUGGAUAUGAAAGAAGUUUAUCAGCAUCAUCAUGUACAUGUAUAGAUCGUAAUGAAUGUCUUAAUGGGGCUGGAUUUCAUACAUGUACUGGUCUUCAUAUGCAAUGUAUAAAUACUAUGGGUAGUUAUAUAUGUCGUUGUCGACCAGGUUUUACUCGUGAAAAUCAUCAAGAUUCAUGUGUUGACAUAAAUGAAUGUGAUCUUUAUGCACCAUGUAAUACAAGUAUAAGUACUUGUAUUAAUUUGCCAGGUCGUUAUUAUUGUCAAUGUUUAAUCAGUCAAACAAAUGAUGAACAAUGUAUACCAAGAAAUAUUUGUGCAGAACAAAAUGAUUUAUGUGGUCCUCAUAGUGAAUGUAUUAUAUCUUCAUCGAAUGGAUACCAUUGUCAAUGUCUACCAGGUCAUAUCAUGUAUGAAAAUGGUAAAUGUUCAAAAAUAAAUGAAUGUGCAUUGAUACCAUCAGUAUGUGAACGUGGUCGUUCAUGUAUAUCAACUCGAGAUCGUUUUGAUUGUUGUACUCUAAAUAUAACAAAAAGUGAUACUGGUGAAUGUACUGAAUGUGGUUUGCCUGUUAAUCGACGACAAGCACGAAUUGUUAAUGGUGAUCGUUCAUAUCGUGGACAAUGGCCAUGGAUGGCUGUUGUUGGUGUUUAUUUUCGUGAUGAUACAAAUCGUUGGAUAAAUAUAACACAGAAAUGUGCUGCAACAUUAAUUGCUAAUCGUUAUCUAUUAACUGCUGCACAUUGUCUUAGUAAUCAAUUACCAACAUUUGAUACUAUGCGUUUACCUAAUCGUUAUCAAUCAUCAUUAAAAGAUACAUAUCGUGUAUCAUUUGAUGUUAUUGAUAUUGAAAACGAUAUAAUUCAUAGUAGAAAUACAAAUAACAAUGAACAACAACAUUCACGCACAUAUACACUUGAGCAUGCUUGUAUUCAUCCCGGUUUUAAUCAUAAUACACUUUUACAUGAUAUAGCUAUAUUAAAACUAAAACAACCAAUUGUACGAAGUUCACUUGUUGAUACAAUUUGUUUAGCAACAAAUGAACAAAUAAUUGAUAAUGGUACUAGAGUUUGGGUUGCUGGAUGGGGUUCAAAUGCUGAAUAUAGUUCAAGUCUUAAUGUUCUCAUGCAUGCUGAUUUACAAAUGCUUCCACCAACUCUUUGUCCAUCUAUUGAGUCAAAUGAUUAUCAAUUAUGUGCUGGUUGGUAUGAUGGAAAAAAAGAUGCUUGUCGCGGUGAUUCAGGUGGACCAUUAAUGUUAUAUAGCAAUAAUCGAUGGUAUAUUGUUGGUAUUGUAUCGUUUGGUGAUGGCUGUAGUCGAGCUAAUAGUGGUGGAAUUUAUACACGUGUAUCAGCUUAUGAUGAAUGGAUUCAUGAAACAAUGUCUUCUCCAACAAUAUCAUUGAACUGUAGUUCAUUUUAUGAUUAUACUCAAAUUGUUACUGAUAUUUCAACAGUGAAUUGA